GUCGGUCAUCACUUCACCCCAAAUUUCACCUACAUCACUCUUUCCAAUUUUCUCCCUCUCUCUUGCCUCUCCAAACUCUCAGUGGUAGCAUCCAUGGCUGGUACUGCAGGAACUUUUCAAUAUUCUCUGUUGCUAAUGUUUUUACUCUUCAGCUUCUCUCAAGCCAAAGAGAUAUUGGUUGGUGGCAACAAAGAUGCUUGGAAGGUUCCAUCAUCUCAAUCAGACUCUCUCAAUGAAUGGGCUGAAAAAUCCAGAUUUCGCAUGGGCGAUUCUCUUGUUUGGAAGUACGAGAGUGGUAAGGACUCAGUUCUACAAGUGACCAGGGAAGCUUACCUUAGCUGCAAUACCUCAAGUCCAAUUGACGAGUACAAGGAUGGGAACACCAAGGUGACACUUGAUCGAUCUGGGCCAUUCUACUUCAUCAGCGGAACCAAUGGCCACUGUGAGAAGGGCCAGAAGAUGAUUGUGGUGGUUCUGUCUCCAAGACACAGGUACACCGGUAUCUCUCCUGCACCUUCUCCAGCAGAGUUUGAGGGUCCAGCCGUGGCUCCAACAAGCAGUGCAACAAGCUUGAAGAGUUGCUUCAUAGUGGUGCUGGGAAUUCUGCUCUUGGCGUUGUUUUGAGGAGAUAUAACUGAUUUAUUCGGGGUCUUUUGUGUGUGUUGGGG